GAGCACUCCAGCACGUUGUGAAGCCGCUAGUGUUUCUGGCAUCCGCCGAGGUGAUUCAAAGAAAUCACUUGUUUCUAAAUCAACGACUUAUUUUUUUGAUAAUUGACCCACUGUCCCUCUUGUUCUUUGCAGAGAUUUCCAGUUGACCAAAGAAAUGGUGAUGGAGAAGCCAAGUGCCCAGCUGGUCGGGCGAGAGUUUGUCCGACAGUAUUACACACUCCUGAACCAGGCCCCUGACUACCUGCACAGGUUUUAUGGAAAGAACUCCUCCUACGUGCACGGCGGCCUCGACAGCAACGGCAAACCAGUAGAGGCUGUUUAUGGACAAUCUGAGAUCCAUAAGAGGGUGAUGGCUCUGAGUUUCCGGGAUUGUCACACCAAGAUAAGGCACGUGGACGCCCACGCCACCCUGAACGAGGGCGUGGUGGUGCAGGUGAUGGGCGAGCUGUCCAACAACAUGCAGCCCAUGAGGAAGUUCAUGCAGACCUUUGUGCUGGCACCUGAGGGUACCGUUGCAAACAAGUUCUACGUCCACAAUGACGUGUUUCGUUACCAAGAUGAGGUGUUUGGCGACUCCGACUCUGAGCCUCCAGAAGAGUCUGAGGAUGAGGUGGAGGAGAUCGAGGAGAGGGUCCCCUCCCCUGAUGUCACUCCGGAGGAGUCUGCUCCCUUUUAUGACCCAACACCUUGUUCAGAGCCGGUGGUUCCUGGUGAUGAGGAGGAAGCAGCAGCGGCAGCAGUAGCAGCAUCGGCAUCAGCAGCAGCAGCGAGUCCUGAACCAGAGCCAGAGGUGGAGAAGGAGGCGGAGGCUGCGGUUGUGGAGCUGAAGUCAGACGCCAUGCUGGAGGCACAGACAGACGCACACACGGCCGACGACCAGACAGAGAAAAGCCCCACCGCCGCCCCACCAACUACAGAACCCGCCUCUGUGCCCACCGACCCCGCCCCCGCCGCCCCAGAAGAAAACAGGCCGUUCUCCUGGGCAUCAGUCACCAGUAAGAACCUCCCUCCCAGUGGGGCUGUCCCAGUCUCAGGAAUCCCCCCACAUGUCGUCAAAGUCACUCCCACAGCACCGCCCAGAGCAGAGGUGAAGUCAGAGUCCCAGACAGCAACACAGAGACCACAGAGAGACCAGAGACCGAGGGAACAGAGGCCUGGAGGUCCUCCGCCGGUGCACAGAGGACCCAGACCAGUCCGAGAAGGUGAGCAGGGUGAGUCAGAAGGUCGCAGGGUGGUCAGGUACCCUGACGCCCACCAGCUCUUCGUGGGCAACGUCCCUCAUGACGUGGACAAGACCGACCUCAAGGAGUUCUUUGAACAGUAUGGCACAGUCCUGGAGCUGAGGAUCAACAGUGGAGGAAAGCUACCAAACUUUGGCUUUGUGGUGUUUGACGACUCUGAACCCGUGCAGAAGAUCCUCAGCAACAGGCCCAUCAAGUUCAGAGGCGAUGUCCGUCUGAACGUGGAGGAGAAGAAGACCCGUUCAGCCAGGGAGGGCGACAGGCGGGACGUGAGGCCCCGGGGUCCUGGAGGUCCUGGCGGUCCCAGAGAGCGAAUAGGAGGUGGCGGAGGACCCAGAGGCCCCCCCACCCGAGGAGGCAUGGCACAGAAACCCAGCUUUGGCUCUGGAAGGGGCGCCGGGCCCAGUGAGGGGCGCUACUCUGCCCAACGGCAGUGAGGCACCCGGGCUCCAAACCUGAGUCACAUUACUAUUUGGAUUCAGUUUACUUGAGUGGUUAAUGAUUUACUGCAGCAACAACCAAUUGGACAAACCUAAAAUUUAACAAAAACCCUUCAUUACACUGCACCUAGGAGCAAAAACGUGUAGGAAUUGUUCAUUUUAAGUCCAAAUUUGGGUUAUUACUCUCGGACGCCCUGAUUCGACUUGUUUCCCUCUCAUUCUUUCUCCUAAAUGUGGCAGUAUACAAGUAUUUCGAAGGGAUUAUUUGUUAGUAAUUGACACAGGUUUGGUCGAGAGCGUUCACCGUCAAGUCACACCAGCUCCUGCUGAAUUCAGCAGCCAUUCUCAACAUCUGUCUCUCAUGAAAGAUGGCUGCCUCCUCUUCCUCCCCAAACGGCCUCCACCUCCUCACCUGAAUCUUCGUCUUUCUCACCUGCUGCUUUUCAUUUCCCUCUGAGGAAUCCAGAAUGUCACUCCUAACCCCCCCCCCCCGAAAUCCCAUCCUCCUCCUCCUCCUCCUCCUCCUCAUCUUCUCCACCAACACUUGUAUUAUCUGGACUUUUGUCAUUUUUUUUUUGUUUUUUCAUGCUGAACUUGAAUUUAUUAAGAAACAAAUCAAAACACGCAAACACAUGAAAAAAGGGUAAAUACUACUUGAAUUGGGGAUUAAAAAACCCAGAGGUUAGGUUUUUUUUUUCGCGUUCUCUCUCCCUGUUUCUUAAAGGAACGUGUACUUUACUGCUUGGGCAAUCCUGUGUAUUGCUGCCACCGUUGUAUCUAGCGAUGGAUCUGUCUUAUCUUUUUAUUCUAUCAGGUCAAGAGCUGAACUGUAGUGGUUUUAUUUGAGUAAUAAUGUUGGCUUGUAAUACGUGGAUUCACGGACGCGUGUGAAUGGAGCAUGUAUCAAAUCAUGUAUCAAAUCCUGUUAGGCUUCUACUACCGAUGCACUUCAUUUGUCAUCAUGUUUAAAAUGAAUUCACCUGCCGAUGAGAGAACUAAAUUAAAAGUGAUUUACUGUUUUAAA